CUGCAUCUCAUCUUCGUUGGGUCCCUUCCCAUCGCUUUCAUCUUUUUCUAUCUCAGAACCCCGCGCACCAUAAUCGACAGCCCAGACGAGUUUUCACUUUACUGAGUGAUUCGAUUACAACCAAACCAUCCCCAACCCCACGCCCCGAAUCACUCAAGAACAAAUCCCUCGACCCGUCCGUCGGACGCAAGAGAUGUCCGCUUGAAUACCACCACCACCACCACCACAGCACACCACACGAAAUGGACGCACAAGCCAUCCUCCUCAAACUGGGCUGGUCCGGCCCCGGCAACCCGCUGAACCCCAACGCCCGCCCGGGCGCCACCUCGGGCCUGGGGCUGACGCGGCCUAUCCUCGUCGCCCGCCGGAAGGGCAACUCGGGCGUGGGCAACAAGACCACCAAGGACCCCACGAAUCAGUGGUGGCUGCGCGGGUUCGAGGAUGCGCUGAAGGGGGUCGGCGAGGAGCGGCGGACCCCCGCGGACGCGCGCACGCCCAACGCGCUGACGAGCGAGCUGUACCGGUUUUUCGUGCGCGGGGAGGUCGUUGCGGGGACUCUGGGGGACAAACACAAGGAUGAUGGGGAGGGGGCCAACGGGAAGAGGAAGAGGGAAGGGGACGAUGAGGAUGAUGGCGACGACGACGACAAAAAUGGGAAGAAGCGCAAGGAGAAGAAGAAAGAGACGAAAGAGGAGAGAAAGGCCCGGAAAGAGGAGCGGAAGAAGCGCAAGGAUGAGAGACGCGUGAAGCGGGAGGAGAAGAAGAAGCGAAAGGAGGAGAGGGAGGCGCGCAGAGCGGAUCGGAAGCUCAGACGCGAGAAGAAGGCUGCCGCGAAGCUGUUGAAGCGGCGGAAGGAGGGCGAGGAGGAUGCGCCGCGGCCUCAGUAUGAGGAUUAUCCUACGCCGCCGAUGACGGAGCAGGAACAGGAGCAGACGGGUGAGGCGGAGGCUGGUGUGAAAGUGAAGAAGACCAAGGAGAAGAAGGACCGCAAGGACAAGAAGAACAAGGAGGAGAAGAAGACACCAAAAGAGAGCAAGAAGAGGAAGACGCGAGAGGAGGCGUCGGCAGAUGAGGCACCGAAAAAGUCGAAAAAGUCCCAAGCGGCGGAAUGAAACCUCCCGGAAGGUGGGAUAGAUACUUAGAUUAGACUUCUUACAGAUACCCAUGGCUUGUU